UUAUAGUCAAUUUGCGAUCAAUGAUGUUUGGAUUUUGAAAGCGGGCACUGUCAAAAAAUAACUUGGAUUAGUCUUCGUUGGUUCGUCUUUAUUUUUGUUCACUUGUUGUCUUGACAAUAUCUCUUUGCACGAGAAUAGCAAAAUGAUAAGGAAAUUACGAAUUUCUAUUGCGGCUGUUCUCAUUUUUUUUGGUUUCACCAGUGCCCAAAAUUUUGUUCACUAUGGACGAUGCAUCACACCGAAUAUGGAGAAUGCUUUUUGCAUAAACUUGGAACAAUGCACAGAUCUUUAUAAUUUGCUGCGAAAAAAACCAUUAUUAGAUGCUGAUAGAUUUUUUCUUCAACGUAGCCAAUGUGGUUCGAAUAAUGGAACCAUUUUGAUCUGUUGUCCAGAACAACAAAUUCGACCUCCAAAUUCAAAAGCAGGACUGGUAACAAAUCUUCCCGAACCCGAUCAGUGUGGCAAUGUUAUUUCAAAUCGAAUUAAUGGUGACAACGUAACAAAAAUCGACGAAUACCCAUGGCUAGCAUUGAUUGAGUAUAAUACAGGUGGAAUUACAAACGAACAUCUUUGUGGUGGAAGUCUAAUCAAUAAACGAUAUGUUUUGACAGCAGCGCAUUGCAUAAGCAACUUACCCGAAACAUGGAAAUUGCAUGGAGUUCGCCUAGGUGAAUGGAACAUUACAACAGAUCGUGACUGUGAAGUAGAUACUUAUGGCUUUGAGGACUGUGCUGAUCCUCAUGUUGAUGUUACAAUCGAGAAAUUAAUUCCUCACGAAAAAUAUGUGCAUUCAAAAAGUCCACUCUAUGAUAUUGGCUUGAUACGUUUAUCACAUAACGUAAAAUAUUCCGAUUUUAUUCAACCAAUUUGUUUGCCACUUAAAGACAACCUCAAACGAUCAACCUUUGAUGGACACAAAAUGUUCAUUUCCGGUUGGAGAAACACAGUUGGAGAACGGAUAUAUGUUAAACGUAAAGCCGAAGUUCAAGUUGUACCAUUGAAUGAAUGCCAACGUGUUUAUAGCCAAAGCAAUGUCGAUUUAGGAACCUCACAAAUGUGUGCUGGUGGACAACAAGGUAUUGAUACCUGCCGUGGUGAUUCAGGUGGACCUCUUAUUGGAUUGGAUUCCUAUAUUAAAAAGCGAUUUUACUAUUUUAUCGCAGGAGUAGUAUCAAUUGGGCGUAAUCCGUGUGGAGAACAAGGUUGGCCAGGGGUUUAUACAAGAGUCAGUGAAUAUGUUGAUUGGAUUCAGCAAAAUAUUGAACCUUGUGGUUCAAUCUGGCACUGUAAAAAAUCACUUGGAUUAGUCUUCGGCGGUUCGUCUUUACUUGUGUUCACUCGUAGUCUUGACACUAUCUCUUUUCACGAGAAUAUUAAUAUGAUAAGGAAUCACGAAUCACGAAUUUAUAUUGCAGCUGUUCUAAUUGUUAGUUUCUUAUCACUGACCAGUGCACAAAAUGUUGUUAACUAUGGACGAUGCAUCACACCAAAUUGGGAGCGUGGUCUGUGCAUUAACUUGGAAAAAUGCACUUAUCUUUAUAAUUUGCUGGUUAAAAAACCAUUACCAGAUGCUGAUAAAAUUUUUCUUCGAGGUAGCCAAUGUGGUUAUGCAAAUGGGAAGGUUUUUAUCUGUUGUGCAGUACGAAAGAUUCGACCUCCGCCACCAGCUUCAGUUAGUGUUGAAACAAGAUUGGGAACAAAUCUUCCUGAGCCCGGUGAGUGUGGUAGUGUUAUUUCAAAUCGAAUAUACGGUGGCAAAGUAACAAAAUUUGACGAAUACCCAUGGAUGGCAAUGAUUGAGUAUUAUAUAGACGGAAUUUCAAACGAACAUCAUUGUGGUGGAAGUUUAAUCAACAACCGAUAUGUUUUGACAGCAGCGCAUUGCAUAAGCUCCAUUCCCGAAACAUGGCAACUCUCGAGAGUUCGCCUAGGAGAAUGGAACACUUCAACAGAUAUUGACUGUGAAGCAGACGCUCGCAGCUUUGAAGACUGUGCUGAUCUUCAUGUUGAUGUACCAAUCGAGAAAUUAAUUCCUCAUGAAAAAUAUGUGAAUUCAUUAAAAAGUCCUCACGAAAAAUAUGGAAAAACGCUAAUCAACGAUAUUGCGUUGAUACGUUUAUCACGUAAGGUAGAUUUUUCCGAUUUUAUUCAACCAAUUUAUUUGCCACUUAAAGAUAUCCUCAAACAAUCAACAUUUAAUGGAAACAAAAUGGAUAUUUCCGGUUGGGGAGUAACCGAAAACGGAACACGAAGUAUUGUUAAACUUAAAGCUGAAGUUCAAGUUGUACCGUUGAAUGAAUGCAAACGAGUUUAUAGCCAACUCAAUAUAUAUAUAGGAACCUCAAAAAUCUGUGCUGGUAGCCAAAAAGGUAUUGAUUCUUGCACUGGUGAUUCAGGUGGACCACUUAUUGCAUUGGAUUCCUCUAAUAAACAGCGAUUUUACUAUUUCAUCGCUGGAGUAGUUUCAUUUGGACGGUAUCCGUGUGAAUCGCAAUGCUGGCCAGGAGUUUAUACAAGGCUUGGCUUCGGAUUGUGUUAUGAUGUUUUUAACAACGUAACAAAAUUAAUUCAGGUAAGUCAAAGCAACAAGACAAGAUCAAGUUCAAUACAAAAUUAGCUUUUCAUCAUUCUCUUUAAAUAUAUAUCUCUUUA